AUUCUAUCAUCUCAAUAAACACAUUUCUAGUACGUCUUUUGGCAACUAUAGGAGAGUCACUCCCUGCAGGUAUUUGGGUUUAAGCCAUUUUCAGCUUGGCUUUCCUUUUCAGACCCAGAAGAUAUGUCCAUGAAGUCUGAUUUUUCCAUCCAUCCUUCCAUUGUUUACCACUUAUCUGAGUGAUAGAGGCAAUUUGCAGCAGCAGCAGUCCAAGCAGAGAAGCCUAGACUUCCCUCAUCCUGGCUGCCUCUUCUAGCCCAUCCGCCUAGAUGGCGGGCCAUCUGGAAGAGGUGGACAAUCUCAACUGGCUCCUUUCCAGGUGGAGGACCAGCAGAUCUAGCAACCCUGACCAGCAAACCUUAGAAGGAAACUAAUUUCUGCAGCUUGUAUCCGAGACCUCAUUCUCCCAGAGUUCAUGAUCAUGGGUGAGGGUACAAACCCAGAUUUACCGACCCCGAGAUACUUGGGGCAUCAACUUGUCCCAGACUAUGAUUGGACACUCCACUCUUUUCUUUCAUUACCGCUGCUUCACACUGGGCCAUGAACCAUUUCAGUGCAAGCUGAAGGUCAACAGCUGAUGAAGCCAGCAGGACCAGGAAAUCCUUAGGUCAUCAAAGUGGAGACCCCCCACCAUGGUGCAAGUUUCAGAAGAGUUGUUACACCCCCAUUUAAUUACACCAAGACUGGGGGCCAAGCAGACAAAGAAGUGUUCGGUGACGAGAAUUGAGGGGACAAUGCGAGUCCACAUGCACACCAAGUUCUGUUUCCUGUGUGUGCUCACGUUCCUCUUCCAUCAGUGCAGCCACUGCCAUGAAGGAGGACACCACCAUCAGCACGAUGGGCAUCACCACAAUGAUCAUGACAGCGCUCACAGCGACCUGCAGAUUUCUGAGGCUCCAUACGUGAGAGGGGUCACAGAGUCCCCAGGGUCCAAGAGUGGGCACGCUGGGGAUGCUCUUGAGGAGGAACAGCGCUUCUACAUCCAGCAGCUUUUCAGGCGCUAUGGCCAGGAAAACCGGUUAGAUUUCAAGGGCUUUCAGAGUCUGUUGUUUAGCUUGGGAUUGGGAGAAGUGAAGGUUGUAGGUUUGGAUCAUGAGGAUCUGGGCCAUGACCAUGUAGCCCACCUCGAGGUGUUGGAUAUGCUGCACGGACAUUCAUCCACUAACGCUGGCCACAGCCAUGGCCACGGCCACGGCCAGGGCCACCGGCACACUCACACCACACAGAUGCGUCCACACCAAAAACAAGACUCUCAGCAUCCACACACAGAUGGAGCUCCCACUCGGUGCAGCCAAACCACUGCUGGUGGACCCACAGAGCAUGAACAUGAUCACGAUCAUGACCAUGAACAUGAUCACGACCAUGACCAUGAACAUGAUCACAAUCACGAUCACAAUCACACUAAGGUAGAGGAGAAUGACCAUCAACAUGACACACACGACUUUGACGACCACAACAAUCACAAUCACACACAUGAUGAAGAGCACAAAAACCAGCAGGUUAACCACAGGGACCUGUCUUCUCAGCCUCACCCUGAUCACGACCACAGCAAUCACAGUGAUCAUGAACACGACUACAAUCAUAUUCAUGAAGUGCACACAGACAUAGGCGGCGCUCACCUCGACCAGGAAAAGCUGGAGCCAUCUCAGGUGCCCCAGAGGCUGCAGCCCACCCCGACAGAAAACCGACCCAAGAAAUCCCGGAAACCGGGAAGAGUCAGAGGACAGCGAGGGCGAGACAAAACCACAUCUUCUCACACACCUGCAUCUGAUGACCACGACCAUGACCAUGACAACACUCAUGACCAUAACCACACACAUGGUCACAGCCACUCUCAUAAAGAUAAGAGAGAGGCACCGGGGGCACUUCCCGUGCCCACUCUGCCGGUCUCCAUGCCAGCUGGUCAUCCAGGUGGAUUAACCCAUCAGCAUGAGGAGUGUUUGAACCUCACUCAGCUCCUCACCUACUACGGCCUCAAUCCCGACUCGCUCAUCUCCCCUCGCCAGUUCGCGUAUCUGUGUCCCGCCUUGCUCUACCAAAUAGACAGGCGGGUCUGCAUCCUCCAUUACGAGCAGAUGGAUGUGGAGCAGGAAGCCUUUGAGCCUGCCAGUUCUGUGUGGGUCUGGAUUUGGGGAUUUGUGUCCAUCACCAUCAUCAGCCUGCUGUCUCUGCUGGGGGUCGUACUCGUGCCCAUCCUCAAGCAAUCGUGCUUUAAGUUCCUGCUCACCUUUCUGGUAGCGUUGGCAGUGGGCACGCUCAGUGGUGACGCUCUCCUUCACCUGCUGCCUCACUCUCAAGGGCAGCACGAUCACAGCAAACAUGGGGCCGACCAGGAAGAAGAUAUGGCAACAGCUUUUGAUGGAGUGUGGAAGGGGCUUACAGCCUUGGCUGGCAUCUACCUCCUCUUCAUCAUCGAACACUGUAUUGGCAUGUUUAAGCACUACAAAGACCAGAGGGGCAUGAAGAAGGUGAAUGAGGAGGGCAAGAUCGGCAGGAAGUUGUCAGAUCACAAGUUAAAUCGGCGCUCGGAUGCAGAGUGGCUCCACCUUAAGCCGCUCAAUGAAGACCCUGACAGCACAGCCGUCUCCUGCGACAACAGCCACAAUGACACGCAGCUCACCGAGCUCCAGACGCCCGACUCUCCCACCAACAAGACGCCGCUGGCACCCGCAAACCUCCGUCAGUCCCCCACCAAGGAGAAUGGACGUAAAACCAAGAAGCACGGGCACUCGCACGGACACGGUCACUCUCAUGGAGGAAACUGCCACUCGGAUCAGGAGAUGAAGGACGCUGGGAUAGCCAGCAUUGCCUGGAUGGUCAUCAUGGGAGACGGCAUGCACAAUUUCAGCGACGGCCUCGCCAUAGGCGCUGCGUUCAGUGCAAACCUGACAGGUGGCAUCAGCACAUCAGUGGCUGUUUUCUGCCACGAAUUACCUCAUGAACUCGGUGACUUUGCGGUGCUGCUGAAAGCCGGGAUGUCGGUGAAGCAGGCUAUUGUCUACAAUCUGCUGUCCGCCCUCAUGGCCUACGUUGGCAUGCUGAUUGGCACCGCGGUGGGCCAGUACACGCACAAUGUCACCAACUGGAUCUUCGCCAUCACAGCUGGCAUGUUCCUUUAUGUGGCUCUGGUGGAUAUGCUGCCAGAAAUGCUUCACGGGGACAGUGAGGACCACAAGCGGUGCCAGCUGGGACACUUUAUCCUGCAGAACCUGGGCAUGCUGACUGGGUUCGCCAUCAUGCUGCUCAUCGCCAUCUUCGAAGACCGCAUUGUUUUCGAUUUUGGCUUCUAGUGGAGGACAGAGGAAGCAGAAGGAGGGGAGAGCUGGAUGUAUCAGUGUUGUUCUUGGCCUUAACUUGCUCUGUUUGCAAUGUAACGGCCCGGUCUUGCAUGCAACGUGUCUCGUUCAUGGCCUGUGCCUCCAUUCCAAACAUGCUGCGGUAGCUUAUGCAUAUCUCAUGACUCUGCUAGUGGUGUUUAUACUCUGCUCCUCCAUCACUUCUCCUCCGUCAGUUCCAAUCUGUCUGCUCCCUGUGAAACAUAAAGAGGCACAGCGACGGAGGAGCAAAGCUAUGCCCCAACCAGGAUACACCUCCUCUGUUCUGAACGUUUAAAAGAAUAAAAUAAAAAUAAUGUAGAUAGUGAGGUGGUGCAGGGUGUGUGUUCAUACAGAGAGGCAGCUGUCAUGGCUCAGCAGCUCGCCGCCUAUCCAUCAUCACCUGUUGUUAGUGUGUCCUCGUCUCUCAUCCCCUCUGUGCUGUGUCCUGUCAGCUGUGCCGCGUACAUCUGUGGUGUGUGUUUCACCUGCCAUCCAUCGUCGCCGUCUGAUGUGAUCACGUCGUGUAUCAAACGCCGUCGUGCCAAGCCCCGGCCACUGGAGCAGCUCCACAGCUGCAUCGCAGAGCGCCACAGUGCCCUUAAAGCGACGCCCGGCCCGGCCCCACCUGGCUGCUACAUGUGGAAUAAACCAUUUUAGCUGGUGUUUCUUCACCUGCAGAACACGCUGACAGUUUUAAGCUGCAGUAUCAAAACAGAAAAGUAUUCAGCUGUUUGUGUGUGGGAGAUUGUCUUAAUUACUCAGUUUUUAUUUUAUUUUUGCUGCCAUUAACUUUAGUUUUGCCCUUAGAAUUAUGUUUUACCGCCUAAUUUUUUUAAGACUACUAAACCUUUGUAGUUUGUAGUAGCCCUUUUCAGACAUGGGAUAGGUAACAAGUGACAGUAUUCUGUAAUUCAAACAUAGGUUUCUUCUUCUUCUUCAGUGCUUUGAAUAGUUAUGUUAUAAUUGAGACAAAAACUGUUUUUAGAGAUUUUUAAUGUUUUUACUGCUGCUGGUGGGAUGUAACAUGACACCACCAUCACAACGUGGCCGUUUCCCACCAGCAAGCAUCAGACCGCCAACCCAAAUGUUUCUUAGUGGGAGUAGAUGCAAAUACACGCAAAGCCAAUGUGACUAAAGUCAUCAAAAUAUGUCUGUAUGGAGCGCAUCUAAAAACUAAAUUGGGAACAUUCAGAUCCAGUAAAAGAAUGUUAUUUUUUUUAAAGCGUGUCUGAAAAGGGUUACUGACAGCUGCUGCUAACACAGCUGCCAAAGCCUUUACACACUAGCAUUUACAGUAAUCAGUGUUUUCUUUUUGUCUUCUUUGGGAACCAAAUGCUGCAAACGUCCAGCCAACUUUGUUCUGUAAGGGUCUAACUAUCUUCAGCUAAAUGAGAACGUUUCUUACUUAGGCCUCUUUGAGAGUCACCGACUUCAAAAUGUGAAUUAAAGUUAUUUUUAUCUUCAUAAGAAGUGUUGUAGUUUACUCGAUUUUUGUUUAGGGUGCCUCUUUGAGUUCCUGAAAGGUGCUUUGUCCCAUUGGACCAAACUGUGGUCUGUAGUUAUGGUAGGAGGUUCAGUUGUCUCAUCUUCACUGAUGAGACAUACAUCUGUGGAUGUACUGUAAAUACAUGAGGUCUGUCUAGCAUCAGUUGUUGUGCAGCUAAAAGUUGAAGCUAAAAAUUCUUCCUGCUAAAAGUGUUUGUUGAAGAAUGAAUUCCUGACAAUCUGUGACAGAUGACGCAAAGAGCAGCACACUCCAGUGCUUCUAAACGUCCCAGCACUUCUAGUAAUCGAUUAACCAGGUUAUCGAUCCACAGCACAAAGGUUAUUUAUUGGGAGUAUUUUUCCAACCAUGUGUAGUCACUGUGCUGGCUGUGCCCAAACUGGCCACAGCGUGGAUUUUCAGCGGCUGGUGCUUGACGCCACCCAUCAUCCCACCCACCCCGACAUUCCAUUGGCUGCUCUGUGGCUCACAUGCUAAAGCUACCAAUCCUAGCUUCAGCUGCUGGAGCACGCAGACUUCAGUUAUCCUGUCACUGUGUGACAUCCGUCGUCUGUGUCUUAACUGGCUGUAAAUCGUCGUGAGUCUCACUGAUCUGACUGAAUCAUGCAUGAAGCAUGAGUGAAGCGGUACAGACGUGUUGGGUGUUUUCAUUCUUUGUACUGCAAGAGUAAAAACGGUGAAAACUUCUUGUUCCUUUUUAAAUGAACUGUGUGAAGAUCAUGUGAUCUUCCAGGGUGGUCCAGGGUGUAGUGUGACGGUGUUACAAGCCUUUUAAAAAAAAAUAAAAAAAUUAUUACUUUGAAGCAGCCGUCUUAUCUGCACGGUUAUUCUUUGUACAAGUGUUUUAUUAUUUCAUCUUAUGUUCACAUGGAAUUUUAGUGCAAUGGGACCUGAAUGUAUUUUAAUUCAGAAUCAAAUGAAGCUUAUUAUUUCCCCCUUUUUAAAAUAUAAGUUUACAUCUAUUUGAUUGUUUUCCUCCAAUAUUGACUGUUUUUUUUUUUUCUUUUUUAAAAUAAUUUAAACCUUUACCGCCCUGUCGAGUGCUCAGUAAGACUUUGUGACACAUCGCCCAAAGUUUCCUCACUGUUUCUCAGGCAAAAAGACCAUGAUCAUAUUUGCUUUGCUCUGUGUAUAUUUGUUUAGUGACCUGGAUAUAAAAUGCAAAAUGUGAUAUCCUUGCUUUUUGCCUGUCUGUACAUUCUCCCCUACGGAAGGAAAAUAAACUCUGGAAACUU